AUGUCACCCACCAGGUCGAGACAGCAGAACAACAGGGCCGGUCGUCAGAUUAGGGGACCUCAAUCGGCUCUGACCGAUUUCUUGGCCUCGCACAAUAUCUCGGCCAACCAGAUUCGUCUUGAUGCCGAUGCGCGACGAAGAGCAGCAGAACAGGAGAAUGGGGCUAGUAGCUCCUCAAAUCAGCAGCAGGUUGCGGAAGACGAAGUGGGAGAGUCAUCUACAGUCACAACCUCUGUUACUGUCACAACCAGGACAUCCCGACGAAAGAAGGACCAAAAGGUCAUUGACAAGAUCAAAGCCAGCAAAACCUACCAGAAGCGGAAGCGAAAUGCAGGCGAGGAUGACGCAGAUGACGAUUUGCUGGACACUUUGCUUCGGGAGCGCGCGCCUUUACCCGGCCAGAUGGACAAUUGCGCCAACUGCGGGAAGCGGUUCACUGUCACUGCAUACUCACGCAAUCAUCCCGAUGGAGGCUUGCUGUGCAGCCCCUGUGGAAAAGAGAUGGAUAAAGAUGCGCCGCCAAAGAAGAAGCCAGCCAAGCGGGCUGCUGCCGGUCCGGUAGGGAGACGCCGACAGAUCCAAAGCAAAAUUCUGGACGGCACAUUUCAACUUGGAGCCAAGAGCUUGAUGACGCUCUGCAUUGAGACUCUGGCUAAGAACAUUGAUCUGGCUGAAGAUCUGGGCGAUUUGCCUCAGCCCGUCAUCGAUAAAAUCGCCCGGAAGCUCUCGAAACAUAGACUUCUCAACCCUACAACUCUCAGUCUUUUUUUGCAGCCAACGGCCGAUGAGGUCUGCAUCUACGACGGCGCCAAGCUUUCCGCCGACGAUUAUAUCCGCAUCUUUCAGACCGUACCAGGACUGAAAAGGCUGAAAGCCAGGAACGCCAUCCACUUCAAAGACGAAGUCAUGGAUUUCCUUGUCUCUCGUAAAACAGAGCUCGAGGACCUUUACCUGCAUGGCUCUAAUCUCAUUGCCGAAGAGAAAUGGCUGGAGUUUCUCCAAAAGAAGGGAAAAUCCCUACAAUCACUCCGCGUUUACUGGACGGACAAGCACUUUGGCGACUCUGCUCUGGCCGCCCUUCCCUCUUCAUGUCCGUCCUUGGUUCGUCUUAAGGCAUGCCACAAUCAGAAGAUCACCGGCGAAGGCGUCAAGCACCUCGCCCAACUCCACCACCUCAAGCACCUGAGCAUUGAUCUGCGCAAUCACGUCCAUUCGGAUGUAUAUGUCAACGUUCUCUCCUCUAUCGGUCCUAAUCUCGAGACGUUCUCUAUCACGCGCGAGAUUGAACUGGACAACACUGUCCUGGACGCUAUACACAACCACUGUCGCUCGCUGCAGAAGCUGCGCAUAACCGACAGCGAAGUCAUGACGGAUGAAGGCUUUGCCCGCCUCUUUACCAACUGGGAGAACAAGUGCUUACUGUUUGUUGACCUGCAAAAAUGUCGACAGGUAGACUCGGCAAACCCGCGCCAAAACCCGGACAACAUCGGCUUGUGCGACAGAGGCUUCAAGGCAUUGAUGGCACAUUCCGGAAGAAAGAUCCAGCACCUGAAUGUGCACGGGUGCAGACACAUCUCAGCAAAAGCCUUUGAGGAGGUCUUCCCUUCGGAUGGCAAAAAGGUUUAUCCUGAGUUGAAAAACCUGGAAAUCAGCUUUUGUGAGGAGGUAACGGAUUUCGUUGUUGGAAGCAUUUUCAAGUGCUGUCCCAAUCUGCAUGAGCUGAAUGUGUUUGGCUGCAUGAAGGUGAAGAGUGUGAGGGUACCCAAGGGAAAGAUUCUUGUGGGAGUACCGAAUGCGCUGGGAAUGGUCAUCGAGGGUGUUGAUGAUGACGAAGAGUGA